CAAACCAAGUAUCAACAUGAAGCUGUUCCUUACUGUCCUGGCCGUGGCCGUUGCCUGCGCCACCGCUCUGCCCCAGAAGGUGAAGCCCCAGCCCCUGAAGGAUGCCGUCCAGGGCACCGGAUCCGGCUCGAUCGAGGGUCGCAUCACCAACGGCUACCCAGCCUAUGAGGGUAAGGUGCCCUACAUCGUCGGUCUAGGCUUCAGCAGCUCUGGUGGCGGUUGGUGGUGCGGUGGCUCCAUCAUCGGCAACACCUGGGUGGUGACCGCUGCUCAUUGCACCCACGGCGCUGAGUCUGUGACCAUCUACUACGGUGCCCUGUGGCGCCUGCAGGCCCAGUACACCCACACCGUCGGCAGCGGCAGCUUCCGCCAGCACGCUCACUACAACACGAACAACCUGAACAACGACAUCUCUCUGAUCAACACCCCCCACGUGGACUUCUGGCACUUGGUCAACAAGGUGGAUCUGCCCAGCUCCAACGACCGCUACAACUCCUACGACGGCUGGUGGGCUCUGGCCUCCGGAUGGGGCAGGCCCUGCGACAACUGCGGCGUCUCUGACUAUCUGAACUGCGUCGACUCUCAGAUCAUCAGCCGCGAUGCCUGCGCCGGCGUCUACGGAUCCGAUGUGGUCAACGACAACGUCCUCUGCACCUCCACUCCCGAUGGCAAGUCCACCUGCUCUGGCGACUCUGGCGGUCCCCUGGUCCUCCACGACGGCGGCAAGCUGGUCGGUGUCACCUCCUUUGUGGCCUCCAGCGGUUGCACCUCGGGCCUGCCCGACGGCUUCACCCGCGUCACCAGCUACCUGGACUGGAUUCGCGACCACACCGGCAUCUCCUACUAAAAUCAUUUCGUUUUUGAAAUAAAUCUAUUUGCUUAUA